AGAGAGGGGGAGAGUAUGAGGAUGCUGACAGGUCAGAGAGAGCAGGUGACGAUUGAGAUUGAGAAACGUCACCAGAACCCAGAGUUCUUUGCUGUUUUACCGAGAGUAAAAAUGGCGUCAAAGACACCAGCGGCAACCGGCAGGCUUUUGUUCACCUUCAAGAAGUGGUACUAUAAUGCUUGUGGUUUCAACAAGCUUGGUCUGGUGAGAGAUGACACUGUCUAUGAGAACACUGAUGUUAAAGAGGCCAUUCGACGGCUUCCAGAGCCAGUGUAUAAUGACCGCAUGUUCCGCAUCAGGAGGGCUCUUGAUCUCUCCAUGAAGCACCAAAUUCUUCCUAAGGACCAGUGGACGAAAUAUGAGGAAGAUGUGCAUUACCUUCAGCCCUACUUGAAGGAGGUUAUCCGUGAAAGAAAAGAAAAGGAAGAGUGGCAAAGGAAGUAGGCUCAAGGCGAAGAGUGAAACGCUCUCCCUGUUGUGGUGGCUUGCUCUCUUUUACUUAAAAUAAAGUUAAUCAAUUGUGCUGUCUGUGUAUGUAUUAAAAUUUCCAUUGUGACAAUUUC